AUGGUAAACGAGGAUAGUCAUAGGUUCAUGUAUUAUUUCUUGGCCUUUGGUGCUUGCAUUAAGGGAUUAGCCCACAUAAGAAAGGUAAUUGCGGUUGAUGGCACUCAUUUACAUGGUAAAUACGAGGGCGUGUUGUUUAUCGCUGUUGAACAAGAUACGGAGAAUCAUGUUUAUCCGAUUGCCUAUUGUGUCGUGGACAAAGAGAAUGAUGCAUCUUGGACAUUCUUCUUUGAGAAAUUGAAGGAGAUUGUGGUCGAUGAACCAGAUUUAUGUUUUAUCUCCGAUAGACAUAAGAUUAUCGCCAACGGUAUUGUGAACGUUUACAAUCAUGCUCACCAUGGAUAUUGUAUGAGGCACCUCGGUGAAAAUCUCUGCAUAAAUCAUCAUUGUGGAGAUUACCUUUAUCUUUACUACAAUGCGGCAAAGGCUUAUUCUUUGGAGGAGUUUUACAAUCAUUUUGUAGAAUUCAGGAACAAAUUUCCCGCGGCAACCGUCGUCCUUGAGCAUGAUAUUGGUUUUGAGAAGUGGAGCAGGACACAUUUUCCUAGCAAUAGAUAUGAUGUGAUGACCACAAAUAACGCUGAGUCACUCAAAGCUAAGUUGCUAGACGAAAGAGAGUAUCCCGUGGCAUCUAUAUUUAAUUCGAUUGCUAAGAGGUUUGGAGAAUUGUUUAGGGAGAGGAAUGCAUAUAUCCUCAAAUCAAUGGGUAAUCAAAUGGUGCCAGCUGCGGAAAAAAUCGCAAGAAAAAAAAUGAUAGAAGGCGACUCCUUGUAUGUGGAGAAUAUAACCAGGGACGGCAAUCAAUUUACCGUGUUCGGUGCGGGUGUUACUGCCUAUGUGGACCUACUGGAAAAGUCAUGUUCAUGUAGGGAAUAUGACUUGAUCAAGAUACCUUGUGCUCACGCGAUAGCCGUUUUGCGAUCGAAACAUGGCAAUGAGUAA